GACGGAGACAACAUUGUGAAUCUUUUCCAUUGCUAACAAAACCCUUGGAUUAAGUAACUAGACUUUCACACUACAGAACAACAAGCAAUCUUGUCCCGAAAGACACCGAACAAAACAAUUCAAGAACAUCGUUGCGACAACAAACAGACGCCGCAAAAGCACGAUAACGAUGAUUUCUGUCCGGCCGCUUCCAUUGCGGCUGUUCCGGGGAGCGGRCUCCGCCGCUUGGCGCAGCUGCGCAAGGACGGCGGGCACCGUUGGUGGAAGCACCCGCGUCCCGGUYGUGGGUGCCGUACGAAACCUMCACCUGCACGAGUUUCCCUCCAUGGAACUGAUGAGGAACCACGGCAUCCGCACCCCCGGGGGCUACAUUGCCUCGACCCCGGACGAAGCCGAAGAACUGUUUCGGACUCACUUCCAAAAGUCUUCUCCCAGUGGAGAUGGUGCGUAUCGGUUCGGCGCAGCGUGCUCUCUACACAAUGGCAUGCAACAUCGUUCCCGAUUGUUCCUUUUGCUGCCUUCUGCCUCUCAUUCCUUGCGUUUCGUUCCCCUCRCGAAUCGUUCUUGUAGGAUCGUUGUUUCGCGACGCCGUCCUCAAGGCACAGGUSCUGUCGGGCGGCCGAMAUUCCGGRACCUUUCGGAACGGAUUCGAGGGCGGCGUCCACGUCGUUUCCGAUCCGGACCAGGCCCGCGAUUUUGCCGCGAACAUGCUGGGCCAAAAGCUCGUCACAAAACAGGCCCCCGAGGGGGUCGUGUGCAACCAGGUCCUUCUGGUGGAGCGCUUGAAGCUGCAGCGGGAGUUUUAUCUUUCGAUUCUCAUGGAUCGGUCCAGCCAGGGACCCCUCCUGAUCGGAUCGCCGGUCGGGGGCAGCAGCGGGACCUCGAUCGUAGAGAUCGCCCGAUCCCACCCGAAUCUUAUUUUCACGGAAGAAAUAGAUAUCAUGGACGGAUUGGAGCUCGAUCAGUGCGAGCGCAUGGCRGAAAACAUCGGAUUGGAUCCGGGCUCGGAUCCGGCGACCUUCGAUCAGGCGGUGGACACGAUGAUGAAACUCUACGAGGUGUUCGAAAAGCGCGAUUGCACGCAGAUCGAGGUCAAUCCGCUGGCAGAAGCGGUGGGUUUCGACCAGCCCGGCGGCAAGGAGGCGACGGACAUGGUGGUGGUAGAUGCCAAGGUUCGGUUCGACGACAACGCGGCCUUUCGACAGGAAUCCAUCUUUGCCCAGAGGGACUACGACCAGGAAGACCCCCGCGAGGCCGAGGCAAUCAGSCACGGGAUCGACUAUAUCGGGCUGGACGGAAGCAUCGGGUGCAUGGUCAACGGCGCCGGCCUGGCGAUGGCCACGAUGGAUCUGAUCCAUUCCAAGGGCGGAAGGCCCUCCAACUUUUUGGACGUCGGCGGUGGAGCCGACGUGGACCAGAUCCGGGCCGCCUUUCGGAUCCUKGAGGCAGACCCGCGGGUCUCGGUCAUCCUGGUCAACAUCUUUGGGGGGCUGAUGCGCUKCGACGUGAUCGCCAGCGGCAUCCUGGGGGCCGCCGAAACGAUUGGCAUCCGGACCCCCCUGGUGGUCCGGCUCCAGGGAACCAACUACGAGGAAGCCAAGGCCCUCAUCGCCGAGUCCGGCGCGGGGCACAUCUCGAUGGCGAGCGACCUGGACGACGCCGCUACGCAGGCCGUGCGAACGGCGGAACGGCUGGCGGCCGGCGGCGGGGUGGGGCCGGAGGAGCUGGACGGCGGGGGGAUGGGUCUCCUGCCGGAGGCCGACGGCUUUGACGACGAUCCCCUGUCGAUCUCUCCCCAGAUUCCGGGAGACGCCGGCGGAGCAGCGAGGCGCGCAGCGAUACCGAGGUUCGAGGGCUUUUCGAUUUGAUGGCAGGCUGCUCGGCAUCGGGGGCGGACGAAGGGAGCUCGGAUUCCGAUCCGUGCAAACCGAGGAACACAAAAUCUGGUCUGCCCGUGAUCCGUGGGCACUCUUCAAACCAAACAGUACGGCGGAAAACGAGAAAUUCGCGGAAGCAGCACGCCGGCGACACCACGUCGUCCGACACUAGCGUUGCUGGAUCGCAUUGGGCGAACACGAUCUCGCCAGCUACUGUUGCUUUGCACAAGGCUCCUAUGCGUGCGCUUCGUGUUCUACCUGACAGUCCUCGCAAGCCGAAGAACAUUUGCUGUACGCAUAACUUGCCAGGACCUUUUUCUCGAAGCCACAGCAUCAUUGUACAAAGAUUCUUUUUGACUCGUCUCGUUGAUUCCAUCGAGAGCGAUGUGUGACGAACAACUUUGAUGCCGGAGGAAAAAAAAACAUGAAAACUUUUAAGCCCCGAUGUCUCAAUUGCGAGAGCUCGAACCAAAAUAUCCCCAGCGCAGGCCUUGUCCGUAGAGGCUACUUCGACCGGAUGCCCGUUGUACAUUGAAUUGCGGGAGCAUUUGGGAAUACGAAGCUAACGGGAAUAUGAUGAAAUUCCCGGUGACUGUUGCUGUACGCCACAUUUCGGUUGUCACAACCUAUAAAAAGACACAACAUCU